CCACCAUCUCUAGAACUUUCCGUCUCGCCUCCGCCUCAGCCUCCCCCGUUCCCCUACCUCCCAACUCCAAACCCAAGAAACCCUCCCCGUCCCGCCGCCCGCCGCCCACCGCCCAAUCCGACCCGCCAGAGCGCGAGCGCGAGCGCGAAGGGAGAAAGCAAGGCAGGAAGGGAGGAUGCCGCCGAAGAAGGCAGCGCCGUCGAAGGCGGACCUCGCCAAGAAGCAGAAGGUCGUGGAGGACAAGACGUUCGGGCUCAAGAACAAGAACAAGAGCAAGAACGUCCAGAAGUACGUCCAGUCCCUGCACCAGGCCGUCCAGCCCAAGCCCGACCCGACCAAGACCGCCGCCAAGAAGAAGAAGGAGGAGGAGAAGGCGCGGGAGAAGGAACUCAAUGAUCUGUUCAAGGUCGCCGUCAGCCAGCCCAAGGUCCCCGUUGGUGUUGAUCCCAAGUCCAUAGUGUGUGAAUUCUUUAAGGUUGGCCAGUGCCAAAAAGGUUUUAAGUGCAAGUUCUCACAUGACCUGAAUGUCCAAAGAAAGGGUGAAAAGAUCGAUAUUUACACCGACAAACGUGAUGCAGAAACCAUGGAAGACUGGGACCAGGAGACUCUUGAGAAGGUCGUCGCGUCAAAAGGGGCAGAGUAUCAGCAGAAUAAGCCUACCGAUAUUGUUUGCAAGUACUUUCUUGAUGCCGUGGAGAAGAAACAAUACGGGUGGUUUUGGGUUUGCCCAAAUGGGGGCAAAGAUUGCCACUACAGGCAUGCACUUCCACCUGGCUAUGUACUGAAGUCCCAAAUGAAGGCCUUAUUGGAGGAAGAGAGCGAAAAGAUCGCUAUCGAAGAUGAGAUUGAAGAUCAGCGUAAAAAGGUAAAAACAACAACCCCUAUGACCACAGAAUUAUUCAUGGAAUGGAAAAGGAAGAAGGCAGAAGAAAGAGAAGCUGGUCUGGCUGCCUUGAGGGCAGAGAGAGCUAAGAAUGAUCGCAUGAGUGGUCGUGAGCUGUUCAUGGCUGAUUCAAGUGUGUUCGUUGAUGAUGCUGAAGCAUAUGAUGUAUAUGAAAGACAAGAAGAAUCAGAGGCUAAUGAAGAACCGAGCAAGAAGAGCCAGGAUGAGGGGCCAAGUUCAUCAACUUCUAAUGGCAAGGAGGCUGAAGAGACAGAUGAUGAAGACAUAGAUAUUGACGAUGACCUGGACAUUGAUGAAUUAAACGAACUUGAAGCAAGCCUGUCAAGAACUUCCAUACAGAUUCGAGAACCUGGCGAAGGAACAUCAUCUUGAGCAGUAACAGUCUGGAAGGCCAUCGAGAAGUGGAACACCAUUUUUGCGCCCAAAAUUGCCUACUUGCUUUAGAAACAAAAAAGGUGGAGGAUAGGUGCAAGCGUAAUUUGUUUCUAGCAGACUGAUCAUCUAUCCAUGAUUAAUGAAAUGAUGCCCAGUGCUGUUAUGACAUGACAAUUGAAUUUUUGCCGCAUCUGUCCUUUAUAUUAUCUUUGCAGGAGCUUCGUUGCUACUUGUGAA